UGAAAAAAUGUAUAUAAAACAUUCAAUUCGUCUCAUGAUACGAAUAUGACAUGGUGUGUAAAAUAUAAUGAAAUAAUUUCUGUAUGAUAAAAAUUGUUUUAAUUCGUAUUAAAAAUGAAACAAUCCUAUUUUAUACGAAUUAAAACGAUCAUGAUCGUUUCAAGAUUGUAUCAACAUUUUUUUAAAUGGUUUACAGAUCAACGUGAAGUGAUUUGAAACGAUAUGCAAUUUAUUGUAAUUUAUUUUAUUUAAUAAGCUCAUAAAUGAUAUAAAGUGGAAGCGAAUGGGAAACGAUUUCGAAACUAUUUUAAAACGAAUCUAAAAAAUUUGAAACAAAUUACAAAACGAAUUCUGAAACGAAUUGUUUCCCCAAAGCAAUUAACGUAAUAAAAACAUAGUGAAAAUAUUUUUAGACAUUCCUUUCUUACUUCGACAGAUGUCACAAAAGGUUAAUUUCUUUGAAAAGACUAGUAAAAUUGUGUAUUCAUAGUUUCAAUCUACACACUUACUGGCGAUCUCUUAGCUUUCUACAAUGCCGUUUUCAUGAUUUUUCGCUCUCUAGGAUGCCAUUUUGAUGAAUUUUAAAAGAUCUACGGCGAUAUUUUCGAUUUCUACAAUGCCAUUUUGUUAUUUUUAUGACAAAGAAUGCAGACGUUUACCUAAUUUGAUAGUUAAUUUCUUUAGAAAUCAGUGAUGUAUGUUACAUGUAUUAUAUUAAAAACAAUUUUGAAACAAUUCGAAGUGAAACGAAUUUAAUGAAGUGUUGAAUCGAAUUAAUUUUUUUUUUUUUUGAAACAAUUGGAAAACAAUUAUGAAACGAUUUUCAAUUCCACGAAGCGAUUUGAAACUAUUUUGAAACAAAUUUGAAACAAAUUUUCAGAAUUUUUUUUUUUUAAAUUCGUUUUAAAUUCAUAGAGAUCGCUUCAAAUAAAAUAUUAUACAAAUUAAAACGAUUAUUUUUGAAACAUGGUUACUAAAACACGGAACAAGCGGAACAACCCCGGAACAAGCGGAACAAUCCAAGAACAAACGGAACAACCCCAGAACAAGCCGGAACAAGCCGGAACAACCCGACAUCUGCUGGAAUAACCCAAGAAUCGACAUUGAACUUGGUUCGAGUCCGCACAUGACGAAGAAGAUCACAACUUCGCUUACUCAACACUCUUUUGAGAAAAUUUUACCACAGCGCUUUUAGUGAGCGAGGCUGUGUUCCAGGAAAUAACAGUAUUGAAAGCAUGGAACUUUGAAACUAAAGAGAGGACAGACAUGGAUUUCUCUUGAAUCAAAACUCUCGAGCUCUCCAAAACGCCAUUUGGACCACUUUUGGAAUACAUGUCACCUUAUAUGUGGCUGAAUGUUAGUCAUUUGGCUGACACCUAUAUAAUCAAUAAUUUUGAAGACAUGCAUGUUAUCAAAAGACAUGCCGAGGAAAUCAACUUCAGUGAUUCUUUGCCUCAACUCAUAAUUUACAAUUUUAAUGUUGAAAGAUACAAGGAAACAGAGAAUUUUAUGGACCUUGACGAAUGUCCUGACAUGGUGGCAAAUGUAUUUUUAGAUGUAAGUUCUCCAUGCAUUUUAUUGAAUUGAUGCUAUGAAUAUGGUUUUCUGGGUGAUAUUCAAAUAUUUUUCGUUGUUUUCGUAUGAAAUUUUCUGUCAUAGCCUUCUUCAGGGAUUUAGAUUUUUAUACAGAAUGAAUUUUAUCUUUUCCAGUACGUUGAUGACGAUUCUUCCACUGCUUAUCAAACAUAUGCACCAACACAAGAAUUGUCGGAUGAGACUGGUAAAAGCGAUGACUGGAAUAAAGUGCAGCUGCCAGAUGAAGCUGUUGAAAAAGAUGAUAAGAAUAUUGAGCAGCUGUCAGAUGAGACUGUGAAAAAUGAUGAUAGGCAUGUGGAGCAGAUGGAUAAAGCUGAAGUUGUUAUAAAUAUUUUAUUGAACAAUCCGUCAGACUUUGAACUGAAACAUAAACCUUCAGGAAUAAGAAAAAACUUUGUGUGCACAUUGAACUCAGAGUUAGUUUCUAUUGAAAAUGCCAGGGCCGAUGAUAAUGGUGCAGGCCUCGUCAGGAAUGGCGUGCGAUCGCACGCGCACACGCCCACACACGCCAUGUUUGAAUGUUCCUGUGCGAUCUUCACACGCCAAAAAAAACACUAAAUACCUCAGGCGUGCGCUAAUCGCACACCAAAAUAAAUAAUGUUCUGUUCACUAAAGACGCACAGGAAUAAUAUAAAGUACCGAUCGCGAGUAAAGCUACACAUCUUUGAGAGUACGAGUACAAAUAAAUGUGAAUAAAAUAAUUCAGAGUGAGAGUACAAUGCGAGUGCGAGUAAAAUAAAUAAGAGUAAUCAAUAAUUAAACUACUCGCAAGUAAAUCUUCAAAAAAAUAUAUCAUGUUACUCGAUAUUUUUUUUAAUUUAGUUGCUCUUUUGAAAUUAAUAAAUAAAUUUAAAGUUCAACUUUUCCGUCUUUUACUUCUUUAAAUACUUUCGCUACUUUCGUUAUAUGAAAUCACUUCCAGCAUGUUCUUUCGCAGAAAUCACUUCCAGCAUGCUCUUUCGCAAGCACAGAGUCAGCAUGAUAUCUAAUUAUAGUUAUGGUGAUCAAUUGCCACAUGCAGACUUUGCUUUCUGAAUAUUUUUCAACAAACAUUGCUUUACAACUCAGACAACAAUCUGUAUAGUUUUAAAACAUCGCCAUAUAAACAGGACGUCACAAAGCUUGUUAUUGUUUUGUUUAGGGGGUAAUGUUUUAAGAUCGAAGCAACAAUAAUAACGUGAGGGAUUUUUUUAUAAAAAAACAGUUUAAUGAUAUAUUUUUCGCACAUUUUAGUUUCGUCGCAACAAAUUACCUGCUUUUCAAAACAUGGCAAAAUUAGUGUUGCUGUAUGCGAGUUCUAUAAUUAUUCGAAAAAAAAAUGGAACAAAAAUGAGCACACACCAUUGCACGCCAUUGAAAAUUAUGCCGUGCGAACAACGCAUGCCUCAAAAUUAUUAAGAAGGAUCAUGACGUGCGAAGCUCGCACGCCAGCAUUUUUCUUCCUGACGAGGCCUGAUGGUGCUUACCUCCAUAAGGGAUGCCCUAAAAGAUUUUAUUUCGUGGAAUAUGAAAAUGGUACUAUCAAGUCAUGUGCGACGGCUCAUUCAGAAAAUGGUGUUUAUUAUGUCAAUGAUAGGCGUGGCGCAAAAUAUAUGAAACGUACUGUUCAAUCAUGUGAUGUCUAUGAACUAACCCGUAUGUACAGGCAAAGUAAAAACAAUCCAAAGUUCAUGCAAACUAUUGCGUCACUGAGAAAAGCUGAUUCAAGCAAACCCUCGCAAUAUUAUUUGUUGACAUAUAGUUGGAUGGACAAUGAAGAACAUGACGGAAAUGAUUUCAUUGUACCUCGUCGUGAAUUAAAGAAAAAAGCUCUUAGUAAAAUUGAGAAUGGUGACAGUAGUGCUAAAGUUUAUCGCGACUUGGUUAUUGAAGCAAAAGUACCUAGCGAAGAACCACGAGAUCCGAAAUAUAUUCAUAAUAUCAAAGCUCAAUUUAGUCAACAAAAUAAAGUUGAUCCACCUGUUAAUGUUAAUCAAACAAAUGAAAGACAAAACAACAAACAUGUGAAAUCUGAUGUUACCAGAUCAUUACAUAUCCUUCAAUUCCACCGAGCAAAUGUUACAAGAUUUAAUCAGAUUUUGUGUCAACGGAAACAGUAUUUUAGUUGUGGAUACAACAUUCGAAUUAUGUGAUGCGUUGUGGUUGACUGACAGUUCUUUCCAAAAUGAAGCUCUUGUGAAUAACAAAGGAUAGCACCCCGUAUUCCCUGGUCCAUAUAUGUAGCAUUUUAAGAAAACCAGGGAGGUUUAUAGGCGUUUAGCAUUGGAAAUUGUCAACGAAUGUCCAUUAACAAUUCAAAUAAAAAAGGUUGGCCAUGAUUUAGAUGAGGCUGUGGGUUCUGGUUUGGCCGAUGUAUUUGUCAAUGCGAAGAGAUUGUAUUGUACAGAACAAUAGCAAAAAGCUGAUAUCCGACAUUUACAAAACAUUGGUGCGAAUAAACAGAGUGUGGACAGAAUUAUGGCGGAUAUUUAUGGUACAAACGUUGGAUUAGUGGAGCAGUUGGGCUUAGCAGAUGCCGAAGAUACAGACAAUUUUGAUGCAAAAGUAAUCAGUUUUGAAUCUGUUUGGGAAAAUCUGGUUCCUGGUUUUCAUUCUUGGUUUUUGAAACAUCGAUCACUGAAAUUCAAACAAAAUCUGGUACUUGAUGCAAGGUCAUGUCUGAAUAUUUCUGGUAGAUUUUAUUCGAAUGGUCUGGAGAGUGCUCACCUCCUACAGAAAAAAUUUCUAGCAGAUGAAUUAUAACAUCAUCGAAUAUAACAUCAGUAAAUGAAGCUUUGUCAGAAUGGGUAGCCGAGUUCUACACAGAAGCAGUCAGGGCACUGAGAGGAGUUGGUAGAUACCGACUUGCUGUUGGCUACGAGCAAUUCUUUGUCGAACAUGUUAAAUGGAAUCAAUGAAGUCGGGUUAGAAGACAACAGCAUGUGGAUGUCUUUAUGAAGUUUAUUUCAAAAUCAGCUCAACUUUAUAAAAAGCCAUCUGUAGCUGGCCUGAAGAAAGCCCCAAGAGAAUCUUGAAGAGUUGAAAAUCCUGAACCUGUAUUGUUCAUGAAUAGAAUUUCUGCUGUCUGUAAACAAGUGUCACCAUUGAAAUUAGCCAGACAAAAGGAUCCUAAAUCUACAACCUGGACAGUCUUGCCUUUGUCAUCAAAUGUCGAUUUUGAUCCAUUAAAUCAAGACUGUUUUGUUGAUAAAGUGUUUCAACUUGUACAUAGGGAUGAUAAGAAAAACUGUCCUUUAUCUGUUAAGCGAUGUCACAGUUGUCGAAGAUUGUUCACUAAGUUGGAUUGUGUUCUUGUUAAAACAGAAGGUGAUAGGGACUAUAUAUACCAAUAAACAAGGCAAACAAGUGAGUUAUCAUGGAAAUGUAUACAUUCACUAUCUUUGCUCAUGUCUUGUGGAAUUCAAGCAAAACUUCGAGUUCAGUAUGAUAACUGUGUUGCAUGUAACAUUGCAGCAUUUACCAUCAGGGUCAGAAAAAAAGUUCAUUGACACUGUCUGUUUAUUGGAGUAAAUUUUUGUAACACAUUCUUUUGUUCCUUUUUUCAGUUUCUUUUCAUAUUGUUCGUAUUAUAUUAGUUACUUUUCAUAUUUUUUGUUUUAUUUUUUAUGUUGUGAUAUGCGUUUUUUUA